AUGAAGAAAUUCACUUUGGAAAUCCAUAAAAUUAGAAGAUUUGGUAAAGAAGAAACAAGGAAGGAUGAGGGAUUUGGGUGGGUGGAUGAUACUCUUAUGUUUCUCCCAAACGACAUGUCUAUGGUUAUUAAUCUGCUCCGAAUUCUUCGUUGCUUCGAAUUGGUUUCUGGUUUGCGCAUCAAUUACACGAAGAGCUCAAUCAUUGGCCUCAACGUGCCUGACCAAGAUAUGACGUCUGCGGCAUCCAUCCUCAACUGCAAAAUUGAUACGCUUCCAUUCACUUAUCUGGGGCUGCCUUUAGCUCGGAAACACUUGCCGGUCUCUCAAUAUAAUCAGAUUUUGGAGAACUUCACUUCUCAUUGCUUUAUGGAAAGUAUGUGCUGCUUUACUAUUCCGUCGAGUGUUCUUUCAAUCAUCGAGCGAAAUUUGAGGAAUUUUCUGUGGUCGGGGUCAUCUUCUACCCGGAAUAUUUGUAAGGUUGCUUGA